AUGGUCGAAAGUAGAAGGAAUUCGUUGGUCCGCGACAUUGCGUAUCAUCCGACCACAUCAGAAACUCAGUCCAUUACGGGCUUAUUGGAUGAUUCGUACCUAUUUGAUGAACUGAAAAAACUCUCUUUGGCAGUAGAAAGCUCUAAGGGCAUGCAAAUUGUCGGUGGCUCAGAGUCAAAUCGUUCCGAGGCCAACCAGCCUGAAGCUAUACCAUCGGUGAAUGGAAGCAAAACAGAUAAAUACUCGUAUUAUAAUACCUACUUGGACCAGUUAAACACUAAGAUAGAUGAGUACAAAGUCGUUCUGGACCAAACACGCCAGAUCAAUGAUCAAUUGAAUGGUUCCAUCGAGAAAUUUCAUGAUAUCUCACAGGAUACCAAAGUGUUUAUUGACGAAACGAAGACCAUUUACGAAAAGCAGUAUAAGCUGAGGAAUUUGACUGAGUCUAUCCCGAGGACUCUACAUUAUUUUGAGGUCCUGGAUCCUAUCAUGCGCCGUUUGAACCAUGCGAACUCUCCCGCCAUUGUCAAGAAAGGCUCCUUUGCGACGAUGCUGACCACAAUCGACGAAUCGUUGAAGUUUUUGGACGAAAACAGUGAAUUCAAAGACGCUGGGGCGUACAGAAUAAAGUUCAAGCAAUGCUUGAUCAGAGCUUGUGAAUUAAUAUCCCAUUUUCUACAUAAUCUGUUGAAACAGACAAACCAAGAAAUUCUAGAUAAAACGAAAAACAAGAAUUUGUUGACUGGGUUGCCUUCGAGUACAAGAGACGCCUUCUUGUAUAGUAAAUUCUCCACUAUAGCGGACACUUUCAAAACCCAGGUGUCAGAAAUUGUCAAGAGAAGCAAUGACAAGGCUUAUCACAAAUACCACGACGAAUUGAACUCCAUUCUUCAUGAGUGUUUCAACCACUACUUCCAAACACGCUUGAAAUUGUUAACUCCAGUGAUUUGGUCUCAUAUAGACGAUAUUAUCUUAAAAGAUAAGGAGCAAGACUUGGUUAGGUUUAUUCAAGACGGUAAGGCGUACUUCCAGCAGUUAUGCACGGAUGAGUAUAAGCUUUUCGUCGAGUUUUUCCCUGAAAGGGAAUGCCGCUUCAAGAUCAAUCAAUGGUUUUUACAAUUAUGCGAACCACUUUAUGAUUCGAUAAGAAUUAGGGUCUUAAAAGAGACAGAUAUCUCGAUGUUGUGUGACUCGGUAACUUUGUUUGCCCCAUACUAUGAAUUCGAGGAAGGUUCUGAGGAAUAUUUGAAGCAAUUCACCGAUAUUCAAUACGAUAAAUUGUUUGAACCAAUUGUCCAAAAGGUGCAGGCUAGAUUAAUCUUGAGAGUUCAAAUUUACGUUCAACAGAACAUUCUAAGCUAUAAGCCUACGAGGGAUGUUUUCAUGAUUUCAAAUAGAAGAAGAAAAUCGAAGAGCAGCUCAAAGGAGGACAAUAAGAAUAGUGCCACUGCUAAAGAUAGUUCGGAUCCCUUGUUAGAAUCUUAUUUGUCCUCUUUCAAAAAUAGAAAUACUCUUUCUAAUGAUGCAGAUGAAGAAUACACUGAUUCGGAAGACGCUAACGAUAGAAUUUCACAAUUACAAACAUACUAUCCACCCUUGUUGAAGACUUUGGCCCUUUUAUCUAAGAUUUAUGAAAUGAUCAAUUCCGUGGUAUUUGAUGAUCUAGCCCAUCAUAUAGUUCAUGAUUGUAUCAUAUCUUUGAGAAAUGCUUAUGAUAUGGUAAUCAGAUCGUCAGCAGGGAAAUCCGAUAUUAACAAUUUGGAUGUUUCACUGGCAUACCUGAAAAACUUAUUAAUGUUGCGUGACUCCAUACAGAACUUUAAUAUUCAAUAUACAGUCAAUGAAACUUACCUGGAUUUCUCAGGUGUGGAGGGGUUCUUCAAAUCACUGAAAGAAAAUGGUAGAAAUGUCUUGAAGAAGACAAAAUCAUCUUCGAUAUUGACUCUAGCAAGAGAACUGGUCCCAAAAGUUGUAAACAACAUGGUGGACGCACGUACGGAACUAAUCUCCGAAUUGAGAAAUGUCAUCAAGGAUUUCACCGAAAAUACUUCUUUGGAACUUAUUGACGACACCUUAGAUACCAAGAAUGAUGGACAAUUAUUGGCAAAGAACGUAAAACUCAGAGAAAAUAUAAAAGCGAGAUUACCAAGAAUAUGCGAACAAAUAUUGAACUAUAUUGACGAUCAAGAAAUAGUUGUUAACCUCUUAGAUGCUGUGCAGGAGUUAAUUACACAGUCUUAUUCCAAAUAUUUUGAACUUAUAACUGAAUUGGCGGAAAAUGGGAAAUUAGCUAAGGAUCAAGUCGCCGACGUUAUGUAUUUGGAUGUAUUUACAGAUUUCUUUGCCAAAGAGGUGGCGGAUCUCUUAAGAAAUGGUCGCAUAAGUACUGGAAAAAAGUAG